AUGGUUUUGGAAUUUAUACCCGGUGGUAACAUGUUUAGUGUUUUACGUAAAGUCGGUCGAUUUACUGAACAACAUGCUCGGUUUUAUGCAGCUCAAAUUGUAUUAACGUUUGAAUAUCUUCAUUAUUUAGGUAUAAUUUAUCGAGAUCUUAAACCUGAAGAUUUAUUAAUCGAUACUAAUGGUUACUUAAAAGUAACUGAUUUCAGUUUUGCCAAAAGACUCACAGAAUAUUUGGCACCAGAAAUAAUUUUAGUACGAGGAUGUAAUAAAGCAGUUGAUUGGUGGACACUAGGUGUAUUAAUAUAUGAAAUGUCGAGUGGCUAUCCACCAUUUUUUGCCGAUCAACUAAUUGAACUUUAUGGAAAAAUUGUAUCAGGAAAAAUCCAAUUUCCAUCACAUUUUAGUAGUGAUUUAAAAGAUCUAUUACACCAUCUUCUUCAAAUUGAUGCAGAAAAACGUUAUGGAAAUUUAGCAAAUGGUGUUGAUGAUAUUCAAACUCAUCAAUGGUUUUCAGCUACGAAUUGGAUUGGUAUAUAUCAACGACAGGUAGAAGCACCGUUUGUACCGAAAACAAAAGGACCCGGUGAUGCAAGUAAUUUUAAGGAAUAUGAAGAAGAACCACGUAAGAAAAUUUAA